UCUAAACUAAAACUAUCAUUUCUAUUUUUAGGCCUUCUGUUUCCAAGUAUCUUUACCCACCCCUCAUUUUUAUUUUCCAUUAUAAGUAAAUAUUUCUAUCUUUUCUUCCUUUCUUUUUCACUCUAUGAAAAUUCCUCUCUUCACAUUUUUCACCUUUAUAGCUUUUCUGUUCCCAUUUACAGAAUUAUGCUUGGUUUGACCCUUCUCUAUUUUUCUUCCAAUGAUUGAUUCAGAUACAUUGAUUCUACUAUUUGGUUAUGAUUGAAAAUUGGAUUGAUUUCAUGGGAUUUUUCCUAUUUUAAAAGGAAAUUGUCAAUGGAACUGUGUCUUUCAUUGAGUUCCUCCUGAAUCUAGUUUUAGAUUAUUGAAUCAAAUGAUUGUUCUUGAUAGAUUGAUUCUGCUACUUUGUUGUGAUUGAAACUGUUGAUUUUAUUGAUGGUUGUCAUGAGGUUGUUCCUUUUUUAAAAGCCAUUACCAUUAGUCAUCCUUGAGUUACUCCUAAUUCUAGUUAUGGCGCAUUUACGGUGGUUUAUUGGAUUUAUUGGCUGCAGUGGUCGUAGAUGCAGCAGAGAAUCUAAAUUUGAUUGAAUCAAUGUGUGGUUGUGAUUAUUGAUUACUGUGGGUUGGUACCUUUAACCCUUUGAGGUAUGGCAGGCAUUAAUAAUAUCUCAGCAUAUGCUCAUAGCCCUGUCCACAAGGCCAUAAUAUUGAAGGAUCAUGCUAAACUUAAGGAGAUAGUUGCAGUUCUCCCCAAACUUAGUAGUCCUUAUGAGAUCAAAACUGAGGCUGCCUCAAUUGCUGAGGAUGAGAAGGCGUCUGCAAUUUCUGCUGUAGUAAAUAGGAGGGAUGUGCCAAAUGGUGACACUCCUCUUCACUUAGCUGCAAAAAUUGGCGAUCCGGUAGCUGCGGAAAUGCUCAUGGAUGCCGGGGCAAAUAGUAGCUUGAAGAACAAGGAAGGAUGGAGUGCUCUUAGAGAAGCUAUCAUUAACAAACAAGAUAAAGUUGCAAUGGUUAUGAUCAAGUAUUCUUGGAAUGAUGUGAAUGAGAAAUGGCAUAGGAGAUUGCCGCGUUAUAUUGCAACCAUGAGAAGGAUGAGGGACUUCUACAUGGAGAUCACGUUCCAUUUUGAGAGUUCUGUGAUACCUUUCAUCUCAAGGGUUGCACCUUCAGACACUUACAAGAUUUGGAAAAGGGGUGGGAACAUGAGGGCAGACAUGACUCUGGCUGGUUUUGAUGGUUUGAAAAUCAAGAGGUCUGAUCAGAGUCUUUUUUUCCUUGGAGAUGGGUUAGAUGAUGAAAGGGAAAUCAAACUCCCAGGAUUAUUGUGCCAGGUCUCACACAAGAAGAAGGAAGUGAAAGUUUCUCAUUUAUAUGCUGAACCUACAAAACCAAAUGAUAGGCAAGUUAAGCAAAGGUUGGAGAGGAAGUGCAAGGAGAAAACAGUGAGGGUUGGGAUUGAUGUGAGUCAAGCAGUUCUUGUUCCCCAAAUGACAUGGAGGAGGAAGGAGAAGAAAGAAAUAGUGGGGCCAUGGAAAUCUAAGGUGUAUGAAAUGCAAAAUGUGGUUCUGAGUGUGAAAUCCAAAAGGCCUCCUGGAGCUCCUCCUCCAACUGAGGCUAAGUUAACUCAAAAAGAAGAAAUCAAGAAGAAGGAAGAUGAAAAGAUUGAUGACAUUUUGACAGCAGAAGAAAGAAAGCAAUUUGAAGCAGCAUGGAAUUCAUCAGAAGAAAAUGAUCUUCAUCACAAAGAUAAUAAUGUAAUGAAAGAAAAGAAAGUAAGGUCUAGUAGACAUAAUAGAGAAAAGGAGCACCACCACAAGGGGAAAAGCACCACCAAUGCAAUGAGUUCUGCUAGCAGCAGUACUAGCCAGAAGGAUGAAAAUGGUGAAAGUGAGUAUAAGAGAGGGAUGAUGCCUGUUCUUUGGCUUUCUCCAAGCUUUCCACUGAAAAUUGAAGAAUUGUUACCGUUGCUUGACAUUAUUGCAGAAAAAGUUAAAGCGGUUCGUCGUUUAAGAGAACUCCUUACAACUAAACUUCCAAAGGAAACCUUUCCUGUCAAGGUUGCAAUCCCUGUGGUCUCCACAGUUAGAGUAUUGGUGACAUUUACAAAGUUUGAAGAAAUGCAGCAAGCAGAUCAGUUUGAAUCAGCCCCAUCAAGUCCUACUGGUGGUUCCCAAGAGGAUCCAGAAGUGGAACAAUCCUCCUCCUCCUCAUCAUCAUCAUCAUGGUUCCAGUGGAUAAAGGCAUCUUCCCCUCAAUCCAGUUCCUCUGAUGCUGAAUCCAGUAGUAAAAUAGAUGAUAGACAAGACCCUUUUACCAUUCCCUCAGAUUAUAAAUGGUAUUCUAUGGAUCAAAAAAGUUGAAAUUUUAGCAAGCUUCAUUCCCCAACUUACUUCUAACACAACCAAACCAUUCACCACUUUAGUCAUUGAACCACUGGCCUUGUACUUAUAUCACAUAAUUCAUAGCUUUUUAUGUAUUUGUUUACUUAUUUAGUUAUUUUCAUGAAAUAGAAUGAGGAUGGUUGGCAAUAAUCAGAAAGUAAGUUGAUCCUCCUUUCA